UCUGUACUCUCAUAGAAUAAAAAGUUUUUAUUGCUAGUUUCUUUUUAAAAAGCUAGCAAUUCUUUCCCUUACUUCCAUAGUCACCGACCAACAUGUUUUCAUCAGGGUUGAGAAGAAUGCUAGCAAGGUGAGCAGCAGUGAGGGAUCUACAGUUACAGAUCUACCUGAAUUAACUGAUAGGGUUGAGAAGAAUGCUGGCAAGGCGAGCGACAUUCAGGGUCCUGCAGUUAAGGCUCCACCGGUAAAGGAGGAUGCAAGUGAGGUGCGCAGCAGGGAGUUUAAAUCAGUAACACUUGGUCAGUCACUUCCUACAUUUAAUAACCCAACUCAAAGGUCCAGGAAACGUGAUUAUUACGCUGCAGACAGUACGACUCGCUCUGAAAUUUUUGAGGAGAUGCUCAAAGAUGUAUCAGAGCCUUGGGCACAAAAAUGUCGUGAUAUGCGGAAGUACUUGGAAGAACAUACAUACACUUGUAUGGUGGAGGCUAUGAUUGCCGCUGAACAUGGCUUUAGCAACCCGGCCCAGCAUAAACUAGAUGCUCAAGCAUUCUUGGCAUCAGAAGGGGCAUUUGAAGCUCCUGAAGUCCCUCAAUCCUUUGCCUCUACAAGAGAGAAUAUAGCGCAGGCUGAAGUGUCUACGGAAGAAAUCCUUGAGAAUGGUGAAAAGUGGAUGGGCGAGGAAGUCAUGUUGGCUUUUAAGAAGUACAAGGAAGGAAAGAGCCAAUUCAAAGACGUGGUGCAUUAUGGCCUAGAUGAGCUUCAACAUCAGUGCUUCAGCAUGGAGAGCUGUGAUCACACCUUCCAUCACUUCAACUUCACCAUUAAGAUGGAGAAAUCAGGUGGCGAUUCGUCAUCGACGCCCUUCUUUGCUGAGGUGAAAGAGAUCCAUGGAAGAAAAUAUUAUUCCUGCUACGAACUAAGUUCGCAUGAUGAUGGUCACUGCCACGCGUGCAAAAAUCAAGGAAUGCAUGCACUGAAGCACCCUAUUUGUCUAAUGGGGUAUGACAGUGGUCAUGCUGAUAUGGAGUCCCCGUUCCUUUAUCUUAGUGAUGAUGAAUAAUCUGAUCUCGAGUGGUGACGGUGUUUGCAUCGACAACAGUGUGAAGUAUGUGGUUUGUUUAUGGUUACAUCUUCUGAUCUGCAUGUAGUCCA